AUGUUUUCUGCAUCGCUCAAAAGCGUCUCCCGUGGCUCUGUCCGCGUGAGUGCCGUGAUAUAUGCCGGUGAAUCGGCUUCUCUUUCCAAGAAGAGAGUGAUGAACACCAUCAGGAUGGGAAAAGCCAGACCUGCCAUUUUCCACCAGUUUGAGACGUUCGUGGAGCUUUCAGAUGGUUCUGUUGUCAGAAGACGCUCUCAGGCCCCUAAGGACGAAGUCAGAAUGAUUUCUGACCAGAGAUCCAGCACAUUGUGGAACCCUACUAGAGAUGACUUGGACGAUACUGAUCCUAACGCUGUGGGUAAGGUCGACAAGUUCAAGAAGAGAUUCGGUGGUUUCGAUGGUACGAAGGAGGUUGAUGAGGAGCUUAGUAUCCAGGAGAGACGUAAGCAUAUUGCCAAGCAGAAGGACGAUUUGUUCGAGCUUUUGGGUGAGAAUGCUACCGAGGUAAACAAGGGUGGUAAGGUCCAGGCCAAGUGGGAGUCCAACAAAAAGAAGAAAUAA